CACUGACUCUGGGUACGACAGAUUGCUGAUGUCAUUCGCUUACGCUUACAAUUUAUUUGCGUGUGCGUGCUAACAGCAACGCUGCCUGCACAUUUGAUCCAUUUAUUUCGGUGUUAGCAUGACGCGCACGCAGCAAGUCCCAGUUGUUUUCGCUGUCAUACGCAUAGCUCGGUGAAACUAGGACGACGCACUAUCAAGCGCGCCUCCUGUAACCUGUUUUAUUUGUUUUUUUUUUUUCUCUGAUGUUCGCGUCGUGGGGAACGAACGGUCACAUCGGGAUGUGUACAAUACAUUUGCCGAGCUGCUGAGCUCUCGCUGCAAGUGUUCGGUGCGUUGAUUCCCGCAUUUGUGGUUCCGACGGACGCGGCGCGCAGAUGGCGGAUGCACUCCGGCCGGCCGAAGCUGCGUCGUUUCUGCUCAAAUGCUCGCCGCUGGUCAUACUGGUGCUCUUCGCCGGACCCCAGACGUUGCCCAACAACUUUCCCGAAGUGCGAAGAGGUCCGUACUGGACGCUCCUCAAUGCCGCUGAAGUGGUGCUCCUGUUGGUCUCCAGUGGAUUGGCCAUCACGAAAGGCUCGUAUGCCUUGCAGAACGAUGAGCUUGUCAACUACAUCAGCUUAUCGAAGCUACGAGAAGCAACGUCAAGUUUUGCGAUGGCAAUAUCUCUUGUAAGAAUCCGAUACACAUUUUUCUCCCAUGCAAAUCAUACUCACAGGAAAUAGAACUGAAUGCAUCGUUAAGAAAAGUACGCUCUGCGCGAUAUAACUUCAACAGCAAAAAAAAGAAAAAGAAAAGAAAGAAGGAAAACAAAAAUAAAGAGAAAGAUCAACAUAAGGAAGUAUGGCUUUCUUGCACUAGAAGGUAAACGUACAUAUUACAAACGCGCUUGGUUGUCGAAAAGGAUUAUGCAACGCAAUGCCAAAGGUACACCAUAAAAAGGCGCCCGUCGCAAUUGAGCCUAUGAGAAGGCUGAAGUCGUGAUUCAGGUGUUCUUGAAUGUACUCUUACACCGCAGGUUUGUGGUGCGCCCAAGAAUUUAGCCCGUGAGCCAUCUCGCCACUGACUAUUUGACAGUGCUCUAGUACUCUCGUAUAAGCGGACAAUGUUCUUUGUCCCACAGACCUGCUUACAAAGACAGUCAUUCAGACCUGCUCACAUACUGCGAACAGUUAACUAUGUACCAUAUGUUCCACAGGCCGCUUAUGCCGAUCCUUCACGAUGAUAACAUGCAUUUAUUUAACGAUAAUACGGCGUAUGGCAGACCGUGUGGUGAAAAACUAAGAGGAUGCUCACUCCUACGUUUCGCCAGGACCAGCUAAACGAACGAGUGUACCCAAGGAGGCGGGUCUUCGUUGUAUGCACCAAUUCCACUGUCCUUGCUCUCUGUCCGCUGUCAACAACGAUGCAGGCAUUCCUGACAAUCCUGCUGUGGCGGCGUUGGCGUCAGUGCCUCCCACCGUCAGGGUUCUCAGCUGUUCUGCUGGGCCUGCUGUCCACAGCCUGCGUGCUGGACGUCUACUGCCAGUGCACGGCCGCGGUGCAGCUGAAGGAUAUAACGUUGUCGGCAACUCAGCUGGACAAGACGUCAGUCAUUGUGAGCCUUGUUGUGCUCGCCACCGUCUUGGGAAACUUUCUAGUAUCCGAGAUUCAAGACUUGGUCAUCAAAAGGCCUAAUCGAUUUGUGGCUUACCCGUUCCACAUCGGAAUGGGGGACUCGCCCAUGUGCGACUCUUGCGGAACCACAGAAACAAUUGGCCACAUCCUAUGUAUCUGUCCCCAAUACGACGUCGAGCGCGAAGUUUUCCGGACAGCACUAAUCCAGCUGGACUCUAGACAAUUUUCCGUAAUAAAGAUCCUUGGACCCUGGCCGUUCGCGUCGAUGGCACAGAAGGCCACUAAAACGCUCUUAAAGUACCUCAAGUCGACAGGUCUUGGGAACCAUGUGUAG